AAUAGACAACGUGGCGCGCGUUUUUUAAAAAUACCCUUUCCAAACCCCCCUUUCUUCCUUCCCCGGACGCUCAUUUCUGGGUGUUUCAUCUGAGCUCGAGACUCGCUUGCAAAGAGGAGAGCUUUCUUUCUUUUUUUUUGGAAAGACGGAGAGGGGGCGAAAAGCGCGAGGGGCAAAACUAGCGACCCCUCAAGAAAGUUUAAGGAUUUUUUUUUGGAGGGGGAGUUUUAAUGGGCCGCGCGGUUGAGUAAAAUUUCUCUUAUUUCUCUCCCUCCCCACUCGCCCCGUUGUAACUUUGUUGCGUGAAGGAAGACGGGGAGAGUAUGUAACUUUGAAAGGGAUCGUUUUCCUCUUACCAAUAAAUAAAUAAAUAAAUAAAUAAAUAAAUGAAGAGUCGUUCAAGGCCGGAUCUUCGUCUUAGAGCCGGGGAGAGAAUAAAAACAUAAUUCAGAAAGGAAGCAGGAGCAGCAACUUGUAAAGAAGCGAGCGAAGGAGUCCUGGCCAGGGAGGAAGAAAGAGAAAGGAAAAGAAAAGGACAUCCAGUUACUUCUCAGUUGCUUCUCUUUGUGGAAGAAAAGUGAGUAACCUCCAUGGAAGAUACUCAGGAUUUAAAUGAACAGUCAGUGAAAAAAACGUGCCCAGAUUUAGAUGUUUCAGAAUCUCAGAAUUCCAGAUCUAUGGAAAUGCAGGAUCUAGCGAGUCCUCAUAAUCUUGUGGGAAGCAGUGAAGCACCAGGUAGUUCUAAACUAGAGAAAUCUAAUCUUAGCAACACAUCUGUUACAACAAAUGGAACAGGCGUGUCUCUCCUUGCAGUCAAAACAGAGCCUAUGAACAGUAAUGACUCAACAACAACAACAAGUGGAGAUGGAUCUCUUGACAAUUUUACUGGGUCAGUGAUAACAAGUAGUGGCUACAGUCCAAGAUCAUCACAUCAAUACUCACCGCAGCUAUAUCCCUCCAAGCCCUAUCCACAUAUUCUUUCUACGCCAGCAGCUCAAACAAUGUCUGCCUAUGCCAGUCAGACCCAGUAUUCAGGAAUGCAGCAACCAGCAGUGUAUACAGCCUACUCACAGACUGGGCAACCUUACAGCUUACCUGCUUACGAUUUGGGUGUAAUGUUGCCGGGCAUCAAGACAGAAAGUGGACUUUCACAAACACAAUCACCAUUGCAGACUGGAUGCCUUAGUUACAGCCCAGGGUUCUCCACACCACAGCCAGGCCAAGCUCCAUAUUCAUACCAAAUGCCAGGUUCUAGUUUUACACCAUCCUCCACUAUUUAUGCAAACAAUUCAGUAUCAAAUUCUACAAACUUCAAUAGUUCACAACAGGAUUAUCCAUCAUAUGCAGCUUUCAGCCAAAAUCAAUAUCCACAGUAUUAUUCAGCAUCAACAUAUGGAACAUAUAUGACAUCAAAUAACACCACAGAUGGUACCUCUUCAUCCUCAUCAACAUAUCAGCUUCAAGAAUCUCUUCCAGGUCUUACUACCCAACCAGGAGAGUUUGAUGCUGUGCAGAGCCCUUCAACUCCAAUCAAAGAUCUUGAUGAAAGAACGUGUAGGAGUUCUGGGUCAAAAUCAAGGGGCAGAGGGAGAAAAAAUAACCCAUCUCCUCCUCCUGAUAGUGACUUGGAGCGUAUAUUUGUUUGGGAUUUGGAUGAAACUAUCAUUGUCUUCCAUUCGCUUCUUACAGGAUCUUAUGCACAGAAAUAUGGAAAGGAUCCACCUGUAGCAGUGACUCUUGGACUUCGCAUGGAAGAAAUGAUUUUUAAUCUUGCUGAUACUCAUUUAUUUUUCAAUGAUUUAGAGGAAUGUGAUCAAGUACAUAUAGAUGAUGUAUCAUCAGAUGACAAUGGACAAGAUCUAAGUACCUACAGUUUUGCAACUGAUGGCUUCCAUGCAGCUGCAAGUAGUGCAAACCUUUGUCUGCCAACAGGUGUAAGAGGAGGAGUUGACUGGAUGAGGAAGCUGGCAUUCCGUUACAGAAGAGUCAAAGAAUUAUAUAAUACUUAUAAAAACAAUGUAGGAGGACUUCUUGGCCCUGCAAAAAGAGAUGCAUGGCUACAGUUAAGAGCAGAGAUUGAAGCUCUCACUGACUCCUGGCUGACCAAUGCACUUAAAUCAUUAUCAAUUAUUAGUACAAGGAGUAACUGUGUAAAUGUCUUGGUAACAACAACUCAACUUGUACCGGCUCUAGCAAAAGUGCUUCUGUAUAGUUUAGGAGGUGUUUUUCCUAUUGAAAAUAUUUACAGUGCAACUAAAAUAGGAAAAGAAAGCUGUUUUGAGCGUAUAGUGUCCAGGUUUGGCACUAACAUAACUUAUGUUGUGAUUGGAGAUGGCCGAGAUGAAGAGCAUGCAGCUAACCAGCAUAACAUGCCUUUCUGGAGAAUAUCUAGCCACUCCGACCUCCUGGCUCUACACCAAGCGUUGGAAUUAGAGUAUUUGUAACUGUUCUUUUUUUAUACAUAUUUCAAAGUACAUUGAUUUUUUUUUUUUACUUUGGAUAUGGUGACUCUGGCUUUCCACAUAUUAUCGUCUUAAAAAGAAAGCAAUACAUGGAUUCCAUUGCAAAGAAUUCAGAUCACUGAAUGGAGACACACGUUUUAAUACGACAUAAGGAUUCUCUACAUGGUCUUAUAUAUUCAACAUUUUGAUGAUUAAAAAACUAGAAAAAUGGUUGCUGGUACACACCAAAUGAGUCCUAGCCAGAGUGAACAAGGUUUGCAAUAGACAAGAAGAAGAAUGAAUGCAUUUUGUGAAUGACAAGGGUGGUAUUCAACAACAUUCCUCACAAUGGGAUAUAUUCUCAGCACGGAGGUUUGAAUCGAACUUUAGGCUACCUACCUGACCCAGAGAAUUGGGAUGCACUUGGACUAUACAAUGGCAGUCCUAUCUCAGUCCGUAAUAGGUGUAAAUUAUUAAUGAAAAUAAUUUACUGUGACAUUAGCAACUGACUUUGGAAGUGGAUGCAAUUUAUUAUAUUGUUUUGUUUUGUUUUUGGAGGUGUGUGGGAAGGGGGUAAAUAAUAAUAAUUGUCUCUUUUAUAAACUUGGCAGACAGAAUGUGCAUAAUCAUGUGUUGUGCCUUAAAUGACAAGAUCUUGUUUGUGUGUUACAGUGUAACAUUGGUUUAAAAUUAUGUAGAUAAAAGGAUAAAUCUUUGUGAUAAUUUUUGACAUGACCAAAUUUCAAAUUCAACUAAUCAGUACUGCAUAAAAGCAGUUUAAGUGUUUGUUGCAGUAAGAGAAAAAAUAUAUAUAACUGAAAGUUAGCGUUUUUAUUUAAAUUCUUAAUAAUUCCACUGAUUGUAUGGAAAUAUUUUUUUAAAAAAAUGUCAAAAGGUUGGAAUAUUCGGUAUUUUGAAAAAAUAGUUAACAUGACAAAUUAUUUGACAAUUUUU